AUGCAAAUGCACACCCACAGUCACAAUUCACCAGCCCAGCCAGCCAUCCGCGAAGCCGAGAUGGUCUUCAUUGCCACCACGACGACGAGGGAUUGCGCCGGGAAGGCGCGUCGCGAGCGCAUGCGGGCACGGCGCGCCGCGACCGCGGCACCUAUAGCCGCUCCCGUCGGCGGCCAUCGAGCGCAGCCACCGGCCCACCGAAGACACAUGCCCUCAGCACCAGCACCCGACUCGGAGAGCCCCGCCACUCAGGUGCGUUCGCCAGGUGCUCUCUCGACGAGAGGGCGCACAGUGUUCCAGCCCUGGGUUGUUGUGUGCCCGGCCCCGAGGGACGCGAGGACGCCCCGUCGCACUGCCGACCCUUCACCUGUCCUUUGCCUUGAAGGGAACCCUUUCGGUUCUCUUGAGUCGAUCCUCAAGCCCAGAAGCGGCCGCUCUGCGGCGGUCUGCCACGUAAGCAGCGGGAUGGCCGCGUCCCAGGAGGAAUGGCACCUGUUCUACUGGCCGGGGAUCAAGGGCCGCGGAGAGUUCGUGCGGUUGAUGUUCGAGGAGGCCGGCGUUCCGUAUGUGGACGUCGGGAACGGCCCGCAAGGGAUGGAUGCGGUGAUCGCUUACUUCUACAGGGGCGGUCAGACUUCAGGGCUACCAGCCUGCAGUCCUCCAGCCAUUCAGAAAGGAGAUUUCAGUCUUUGCAACACCCCAGCAAUAAUGAGCUACCUGGGGAAGGCAUUCGGCAUGGGUCCUGCAACGAAGGAGGGUGAGGCUCAUGUGGAUCAGAUACUUGCCAUCGUAACCGAUGCCAUAUCUGAGGGGCGUCUGGCAUACCAUCCAAAGGACUUCUACGCCUCGCACAAGACUCAAGUGGAAGAGUCCAAACCAUAUAUUGCGCAGUACGUCGCCAAGCGGGUUCCAAAAUACAUGUCGUACUUUGAAUCGGUGCUCGCUCACAGCGGCAAGGGUUUCUUCGUCGGAGACUCCAUAACUGCCGCCGACAUUGCCGUUUUCCAUUACCUCCAAGCCGUGCGCCAUCACCUAAGGGAGGCCUUCGACUCGAGCGACGCCAACCUCUGCAAGGCGUUCUUGGAGAGGAUAGCCGCAAGGCCAAAGAUCCAUGCGUAUCAGCAGUCGGACCGCUGCCCUGUGUGGGACGCGGAUUCGCUGAUGUGA